CAGUUCCCAAGGAGAAGCCCGCAAAGCGGAAAGGUCGUGAAUCCGGGAUUCUUCUGUGAAUUCCCCUAAAACUGGACAAAGGGACCGAUUUGGCUGCACUAACAACAGAGUGGCGUCUGGUUUCAUGGUUAUCCGGUUACCGAGCAGCGUGCACCGGCUCCGGUGUGUCAAACACCGGUUUAAUGAGGUUUCUAACCCGGAGGAGGGACUCCUGCGCGCUGAUGUGGUGAAGGAUAAAAUAUCCCAACAGGACUGAGAAUAGAGAUGUAAAAAUAGAACAGCUGCUUCAAUAUUUCAGGCUGCUAGUCCUGUGAGGGCCACGUCUGUCUGGCUUGGUGGAAACCUCAGACCGCUGAAUACGGAGAGGAGGCAGAGAAGAAGAGGCUGGGUUCUCUGGGUCAAGGACUUUUUGGACAAGAACCACUGAGGCUUGAUUAAAAUGGGGUGGACAGUCUUUGUACCUGCUGAUGUAUUUGAGGGCCUCUCCCUUAGCCCACAGCUAUGCCAGACGUGAAGCUCCCUCCACCAUGUGACUACCCCUCUUCUUCCUCUGCCGCACUCUCAGCCGGCUCCCCGUCUGGCUGCAAGUCUCCCUUUGACCUCCUUGCAGACAUGGAGCCAUGCAUCGCCAACCUCCCUCUGUCCCCAGACCCUCUGAACUCCUUCCCUCGACACAGACCCACCAUCCCUCAGUACUCGGACAUCCAGGGACCUCACUACCCACUCAUGGCAAGGUGCAACAGCAGCACCCUGCUAACUAACAUGGGGAUGAGGUAUUGCUCCAACAGCAGGCAGGGUCCUGUUGGGAUGGAGCCAGGGCAGGGGCAGGUCCCGGGCUCCAGCAACCGCAACGGCAAUGGCAGCAGACCUUACAGGAGUAUGGAGAACCUAAACUGGAGCACAGUAGCAGAUUCUGGCCUUUGUGCCCUUGGGGCUGCUCCUUGCAGGAGCUUGGAUAGUGAGUUUAUUUUGCGCUACACUUCUUCUAGCCACUGGUAUGAUGGGCCUCCUGAUGGAUCUGUACUGAGAGCCCAUGGGCUGGUACCCAACCCAGAAAGUUUAGCGUUUUACCCUCGACAUGGACUAACCAGAAAGGACUUGCCACUUUUUCCUCAGCUGCUGUUUCCAGGUGGUAUUGACGAAUGGGAUGCAAGGAGAGGCCUAAGGGAAAAGCUCCGCCUUCAGAGUGCUAGGUCAGCUAUUGAGUCUUUAAAACCCGUCCCAUUACGGCCUCAGGUGACCCCAAAUGCUGCAACCAGUGAGCGGCAAAAUGUGAGUCAAGGAAUGUCAACAGGUGCUUGCCCCAGGCCUCUGUGCACAAUGCGUACGUCUCCAGAGGAGAUCAAGCAGGAGGUCUUAAGGAGGUUACAGCUCAGGAGGCAGAACAGUAGCCCCAACUUGGCUGUCCACAGCUCCCCGGGCAGCUCGACGGCAGUCAAGACAUCCUACACAACCGACAACAUCUCAGUAAACAACAGUGAAACAGAUCCAGUGUGUGAACGGCGCCGGCAGCCUGUGGGACGUCUGCACAUCCCCACGUUUGAGGAGUUUAAGAUGAUGAGGCAGAGAGAGGGGAAGCAGAGCGCAGAGUCUACAGCAGGUGGACAAGAUGGCGGUCCUUCAGACACCCAAACCUUGCUCUCUGAUCAGACUCCGUUUCAGGUGGAAGCUGGUAGUCAGCAGAGAGGUGAACCUGAGGAGAUGGGUGAAUUCCAGAGUACAGGUGAAGAUGUCGCUAACAGUGAAGUCCUGCAGACUGUUAGCUCCUUGGAGAAUCUUGAUUCCAAUAAUGUGAUCACUUCAACCUCCAGUUCCACCACCAGCACCUAUUCCCCAAUCUGCACAGGACCGUCGCCACGUGCACCCCUGCAGCCACAGGCCAGCUCCGUCCAGGACAAAACCCUUGCUGUUGGAGGAGAUGAUGGGAAUGCCAGGCGGAGGAGGAGCAGUUUGGAGCCAGCUGGGACGGUUCCCUUCCCACCCUGCAGAGAGAACUGGGAGCGCCCCUCCAGCUGCUGCCCAGCGCUCCUUCUGGAGGGGACAGACCUGUCGAGCUACGGAGCCAAGAUCUAUAAGAUGAAGGACGGGCUCAUUGGGUCUGCACUGGACCUCAUCAAGAAGAGCUGCAGUGCAGAGAUCUCCGCCGAGGCCCCCAUCAGGCUGUCAGGUGACCGGGACGGAGGCUGUGACAUCACCGCCUCCUCGGCAGACUUUCAGCCUUCCGCCGUUGCCAUGGCAACGCCGGCAACGGCCUGCAGAUCCGAGGCUGGCGACGAGGCGCCUGAAGGAGGAGAAGGAGGAGGAAGAGGGGAGGCAGGAGAAUGCCACACCGGUCUGGGCUGCCGGCGUUCCAGCUCAGAUGCAGCCUACGAGCCGGCUGAGGCUGUAAGAGCCCAACGCGAGUGCCGCCUCCGGCCCCACUACAGCGACCCCAUGCCAGCAGACGCCUCCAAGCGCAAACAGCUGGAAAUGAAGAUCGCUGCUGCCGCACGCCUCCACAGCCAUCGUCGAGACAGAGACAGGGACAGAGACAGGGACAGUGCCCCAGCAGCUCUCCGUGGACACUCUGAGCCUCCUGGUGAGGACCGACAAGCGGUUCUGGGCGUGACUCGGUCCGGUCAGCAUCGCUGGAGCACCAUCAGCAGCCUCAGUUCUGACAGCGGAGUGGUGGGCCUCAGCGAUGAGAGGGACGAGGAGGACCGCGAGCCCCGCCGUCACCGUAGAUCCAGGGGAGCAGAAGUGGAGCGAGUGGACAGCGGCAUUGGCCCAGGAUUGUCCCGCACCUGGAAGAGACCGUCUGCCUCCCUCAGAGCCUGGGAAGCCCAGAGACCAUGUCCUGAUUGUGGGAUGAGGGAUGGGGCCUCUAAAGAACGAGGGGAGCGAAUGUGUGAGCGCUGCUCCAAGCUGCGCAUCGAGCGUAAGGAGGCCAUCCUGGAGUUUCUGAACACAGAGUCAAGUUACGGAGAAAACCUGAGGAUCAUUAAGGAGGAGUUUUACUGCCCCAUGCAAAGUGCAGGUCUGCUGACAGCAGAGCAGCUCGCUGUGGUGUUUAGUAACGUUCAGGAGCUGAUAGACGUCAACGACCGCUUUACUGAACACCUUCAGGACAGCAUCGAUCAGGCGUUUGACCAGGGCGAUGAUGACCUGCUGACCGUUUAUAUCGGAGAAAUUUUCCUGGCGUUUGUCAACAUGCUGCCAGCCUUCCAGACCUACUGCCUGCAGCAGUCCACCUCAGUCAACAUGCUCAACACUCUGGAGAAAGAGAAGGAGCUGCUCAGAAUAUUUCUGGAUGUUUCCCAAAACGACAACACUGCAUUGCGGCGUAUGAACUUGCGCUCCUUCCUCAUGGCGCCCCUGCAGCGUGUGACUAAGUACCCACUCCUGUUAAGUCGCAUCAUUAAGGUCACGCCCGAAUAUCACCCUGACUACGCACAUCUCCGUGAGGCCAAGAGCCGAGUGGAAUCUCAUCUGGAACACAUCAAUAUGAAGACCAAGCAGGAGGGCAAUGGCGUCACCUGGUCUCUGCGAUCGUUUCGUCGGGACAGUCGUAAGAAUCGGGAGGUCAUAAACAUUGAGAUGCGAGAGGUGUCUAUGAAAACGGUGGGCUGGGCAAGAGAAAACACACGAUUCGUCAUGGAAGGGCCGCUCCAGCUGUCCCAACCGGCAGAUGGUCAGUGGGUGAAGAAGGGCAGCAAAGGCCUCAAGUUCCAAAACGUACAGAGUCUGCUGAUGGUGAGGACACAGCGGGGUGGUGACUCCAGCGGGCAAGAUGGUGGUGCAAGAGGGGAUCCAGGGGAGGGCUUUGGGGAGAGUGUCCGGGAUGGAGUUCUGGUCCUAAUCAAGGACAAAAGCAGCGGGAAGUUUGCGGUGCUAAGGGAACCUAUCCACCUGGGUAACUGUGUGGUGUCAUCUGAGCCGGACUGUGAGGACACUUUCGAGGUUCUCGAUAUUCGACGAGAAUCUUUUGUUUUCCGUGCAUCGGACAAAUCUCGAACCCAGCAGUGGUUCCACCAGAUUAAGAGAUACGCCCGAGACUUGGGCACCUGGAGGAAAAGGCGUAAUGCUCUGCCCAACAUCAUGAUCAACACAAACCAGACGCGUUCCUGAGGCUAACUUUCACACGGUUUUGCUUCACUGUAAAUGACCCAACGCUUCAACUUCAGACGUCAGCUGAAAACAUAAAAGAUUUUGUGAAACCACCGUUCUGAUGGGCUAGAAUCCAGAAAACACAAUCCGUCUCACAGACUUGUGAGAAAGUGAAGCACUUUCUUUCUUACAGAGCUGCAAGUGCGCCAUUAAAGUGUAUAUGCAGACCUAUUUUACGCAGUUACACAGAGGAACGACCAAAAAAACAACUUGGGCUGCGCUAACCAGCCUUGAUUGUAGAGACUGUUUGCUCUUCAGUGCUUAAGGUGUGUCUGAUGGAAAGCAUGGCUGAACAUGAUUGACUGCAAAAUGAUAAAUUCAAAUGUCACUUUUUAUACAAGACAGUGAGAAUUUAAACAGUUUCUUGAAUGAGGCCAGAUCGUUCUUCAGUGAUUUAUGUUUGUUGUCACAGCCCUUUCCAGUCUGUGUGCUGCCCUCUGCUGUCUGCUGGCAGCAUAGCACCUUUCACCAUUGAGCAGAGCCAGUCCACCAGGCCCAACAGACCUCCGGUGUCACUGUGUUUCAAUGGGAUUUCAGUGAUCAGCAAUAAUCUCUGCCACUUUUUAAACUAGUAGCAUUUCUAUAUGCAUUUAAGUUUCUCUGACUUCCUUUGGAGUUCAGGUGUUGGUCCUGAUCAUUUAACUGGAGUCUGAAGUCUGUUUACAUCAUUUAAAGCUUUUGUUCACCGCUCUGUUUCAGUCAUUAUCACCGAGAUCGUGUUGGUGCCAUGAAAGUAAGUUUGAAAUGUUUAGUUUGGGGUUUUUUGUCAACUGGCUAGCAUCAGUCUGCCUAAUUGUGAGUCAAGAGCAACGUUUUUCAGCCUUGUGAUCAGCCCCACAAAUCUAAACAGUCCAACAAGUUUCUUUACUAAACAUUUUCGGAUCAAAAACAAUGAAAAUACACAAUCACUGGCCACUUUAUUUGGUACAUCUUUCUAGUAAUGUGUUGGACUCGCUUUUCCCUUCAGAACUGCUUUAAUUCACUAUGUCAUAGAUUCAACAAGGCCUUAGAAACGGCCCACACUGACUUGACAGCAUCACGCAUGAUGAAACUCUCCUGUUCAACCACAUCCCAAAGGUUCUGGACUGAGAUCUGGUGACUGUGGAGACCGAUGGAGUUAGAGAUGAUCUAAGCUUUGUGACCUGGUGCAUGAUCCUGCUGGAAGUAGCCAUCCCUUAAAGCUGGUUGCUGGUAAAAAAAAAAAAAAAAAAAAGAAAAUCCCCGUAGCAGGUUUUGAACCAUCGUCUGUCUGGUACCAACAGCCUUAUCCAUUCUGGUGCUCAGACUGAACCUUAGAAACUGUGCCUAAAUGCACCAAGUGGCUGUCAUCUGAUUGGCUGAUUAUGCAUUUGUAGUAAAAAGCAGUUGAACAGGUCUGCUGAACAGGGGCGUGUCCAGGGAGUAGCCUGGGGUAGCAAAUGCCACCCUUGGAAUCUGAUUGGCCACCCCAGGUGCCACCGCAUUGAAUUCCCUUUAAAUAGGCUUUUCAUUGUCCACUAAAGACUUGGGGUAAAAAAAAAAAAAAAAGCAUAACCAUUGGUGCCACCCAUGCACAAAGUAGUGCCUCACUUGGGCCACCCCAUUUGAAAAGAUCUGGACACGCCACUGCUGCUGAAUGUGGCAUUACUGGAGAGUAAGAAUCUGGCAAUACAACAUCACAAUGUGGCGGGGUGGGGGUGGAGUGGGAAUGAUUCGAUAUAUCCCAAUAAUGAAAGCCAGACAAUAUUUAGACUGAAUUUAAUAGAAGAGCUGAGGCCAGACUCUUACAUGACGCGUCCAAAUAUCUCAUUGUUCAGUCAGAAUGAAGGCAGUUAAAAUGCUGCCACCUAGCAGUCGGAGUUUGAUUUGCACCACUUAAGGGAAAUACAUCAAACGUUUGUAGGUAAUAUCUCAAUAAAAAUGGAUUUGCUUCUUCCAAAUAUUAAUUUAGUAUCAGAAUAUUGCAAUAUUUCAGUGUAUAUCAUCUAAACCAUGUUUUUUUCGGAGCAACCAACAGUUUGACUCAUCAAACAUUAGAAUCAUGCUAAACAGACGCUUACCCUUUACUUUGAAAGUCUUGACUUUGACUGGGUAGAAAUGUGUUGGGAGCAGAUUUUUGGGAAGAUUAAAAAACGUUGCCGACUUGAUAAAUUAGCCUCAGUGAAAGCGUCCAAAACCACGUUGUUACGAUAAAUAGCUGUUACAUGACCUAGCAAUGAGCUUUGUGCCUUUGAACUUUUACUGUUAAAGAAAAACUAAUUAGAAAUCUGUCACAGUAGCACCUGUCCGACACAUUCUCCCUGUCUGCUCUGAAAUGGAAUCACUUUAUAGGCGAUAUAAUUAAUUUAGACAGAUCUGAUUUGGUUUUACCACUGUUUUUUUAACAUCUGAAGGCUUUAUUUUGCUUUGAAGCACUUUAUGAUUCCUUUUUUCAGUCCAACCACUGAUAACACAUCUCUAGAGCAUUAUUGUUGUAGCUUUUGGCAGAAUGAAACGGUCAAACCAAAAGGACAAUUGCUGUUAUGUUUGCUGGUAUGAAGUAGCAUUAAAACAGGAAGUACAUCACUGUGUUUAGGAGGCACAGGGCAGCUCGGCUCACAGGUUCACCUGAAACGGUUUCAAAAACAAAACCUGCAGAGUUGAAUUUGGUCUUUUUUUUUUCUCCAUUCGGCUUGAAACCUGAUGUGUUCUUCUACCCAGUGUAAUAUAUUGUGAAUUAUAUUAAAGAUUUUAAACACA